GGCGGUGCUGGGGCGGUCUCGCCGGCUCGGACGCUCCGCAGCCUGGGGUCCCUGCGGGCUGCUCUCGGCGUCGUCCCGGGGACUGGCCGCGUGGGGCGCGGGGGCGCCCGGGGCCGCUGGCGCCAUCCCGGUGGGGUCCCGGGGCCCCUGGCCUCGGUCCUCCGGGGUGCUGGGGGGUUGUGGGCCUCUGCGCUUGCUCCCGUGGGGCGCGGUACUUAGGGACCUCGCGGGUUUCCCCCGGGGUUGCUACCCUGUGUGCUGCGGGGCUGGUGGUCCCCGGGCUGGCUGCUGUGGCUCGCAGGGGGCUACGGGGCCUGCUCCAGCCCUGUGCCCCCUCAAAAAGCAGGCAGGGCUUUGCCGGUUGCAGGGACCCCGCAGCGCUCGGGGCCUCGCUCUGCUCUGGCCACCCCCCCAGCACCUCCAGCGUGCAGGGCCUUGUGGCAGAGCCGCUGCAGGCAGGGUCCACCCUUGGGCCUGGGUCCUGCCUGCCCGUGGGCCCCUCCUGUGCCCAGAUAACGGCAGUUUGCAGCUCUGCCUGAGGGAGAUAAUUUGAAUGCACCUCUGUGGUGUGUGGGAGGAGAUCCCUGCACUGGCCUUCCUUAUCCUUUAGAAACACACAGGGAGGGAGGAAGGCCGUGUUUUUUUCUAAAUGUUAAACUGCUGGAAAGGGUUGUUUGUUUUAAAAGGAGGAAAAAGUCCUUUGGAAACCAGGCAGCACCAGGGUCUGCCUGCCAGAGACCUGUGUCGGUGAAGACGCUACUGCCAUGCUGGAAGCCCCUGGAUGGUCUGUGCAUGUAGCAGAACACGAUGCCUUUCCUGCACGGCUUCCGCAGGAUCAUCUUUGAGUAUCAGCCCCUGGUAGAUGAGAUCUUGGGGCUGCUGGCGAUACAGAAUGCGGAAGGGCAGAGCACCCUUGAGAGGUAACUAGGUGUGGGGCUAAACACCCAAUUGGUGUUUUAGGGGGUGAUAGCUGGAGCUCAGUGCUACGGCCAAGGUCAGACAUGGCACUGGCUGGGAACAAAUGCCAUUCCCAGUGAGCAGCUCAUCCCACAGACCCUUCUCUUGCUGCUGUUCUCAGGGAAUAUGGUGGGGAGCAGAGCAAGGACUACAUGUGCUCCCCAGGAACAGCUCUUUGCCUCCACCAUGGCAGUAAGACCUAAACUGGGGUUUAGCUGUGACCCUGAUGCUGCUGCAUAACCCCACAGCCAGUGGGGUAGAGGGGUCACAAGAGGAGAGACCAGGAUUUUUCUUCUUCCCUGGUGCUACUUUGACCCUUGCACACCCUGAGAUGUGUGCUGUUCAAGUGAGUAACUGGUUGGUUUUGUGUGUCUUGAGUCCUGCCUGUCUGAGCAGUGACAGGAGCCAGCUCUCAGCUGUGAGACGAGUCUUGGAGAGGGAGACACACUCCCCGUUUUAUCAGGAAGGUGUGAGCUAUGCCCUGCUGAAGGUCACCGAGCUGGGUCUUGUCCCUGCUGCAGAAAUCCUCUUGGAGUUCGGAGCUGACCUCAGCUUUGAAGAUCCAGUCACCUACUACACCCCUCUGCACAUUGCAGUGCUCCGCAACCAGUCGGAUAUGGUGGAGCUCUUGGUGAACCAUGGGGCCGACAUCAACCGGAGAGAUCGGAUCCAUGAGAGCAGUCCCCUUGAUCUGGCCAGUGAGGAGCCUGAGCGGUUGCCAUGCCUCCAGCGGCUGCUUCAGCUGGGGGCCGACAUCAAUGCAGCUGACAAAAAUGGAAAGACAGCGCUGUUGCAUGCCCUGGCCAGCAGUGAUGGUGUCCAGAUCCACAACACUGAGAGUAUCCGUCUCCUGUUGGAAGGAGGUGCGGACGUCAGGGCCACCACCAAAGAUGGUGACACUGUCUUCACCUACAUUAUCUUCCUGCUGGGAGAGAUGGUGUGCAGCAACACUGAGGAGGCACAGGUGAUCAGUCGCUUCUGCUUUCAUGUCACACAGCUGCUUCUGGCCCAUGGAGCCAACCCCAGCGAGUGCCCGGCCCCCGAAUCCCUCACCCACCUCUGCUUCAAAAGCUUCAAACGACACUUCCCACUGCUGCGUUUCUUGCUGGAGUCAGGUGCUGCCUACAACUGCUCCCUCCAUGGUCCCUCAUGUUGGUCAGGCUUCCACAUCGUCUUUGAGUGCCUCUGCUCACACCUCAGUGUCUCUGAAGAUGAUGGUUUCUCUACAGACCUCAUCCAGAAGGGUCAGACUCUGCUGGAGCUCAUGAUGGCUAGUUCACAAGCUGUCCAGCUGCCCAGCAACUUUGAGGUCAACACCAGCAGCUGUAGGUACCACGGGGAGAAGAUCAGGACUCUCUUCUGCUCUCUGAAGCACCUGGAGCGCUCCCCGCAGGCACUGAAACAUCUCUGUAGGGUGUUUAUCCGGCAGCGCCUUAAGCCAUGGCCAGUAGAUGUCAAAAUCAAGGCUCUACCUCUUCCAGACAGGCUGAAGUGGUACCUCCUCAUUGACCACACUGCUGCAGGGCAUGAGGACCUCUGAUCUUGACUAAUGCCUCUCUGUCUCCCCGCCUCCAUGGCCAUGGUGUGCCUACAGCCACCAAAUCUCCUCUCUGGGCCAGUUUUCUCUGCAGCAAGAGGUGUUGCUGUCUGUGCACCAGCUUGGCUGGUGCUGCACAUGGUGUCCCCCUCUGCUGCGUUUUUGGGGCAGGGUGUGUGUGUGCAGCUUUGGACACAAUGCCACAUGCGUGUCUGCAGAGGCCUUGUUGCUCUGGGGCACGUUGUGAGCACGUGGGCAGAGCUCUGUGGCUCCCUGGUGGUGAAGAGAGCCCCAUGGCACCGGGCAGCUGGAUACUGUGGGCAGAAGAGGACUGGUUUGUGUGGAUUUUAAGAAAAAGCCUGGUGGGCAGGAUCAGUGGGCUGGUUGGGGGGUGUGACUAGACAGGCAGCCUGUCCCCUCUCUGGACUCUGCUGGGUCCCAGGCAGGUGAAGCAGUGCCUUAUGCAACUGGCAAAGUUGUGAGUGCCUCGGGGUGCUGGGAGGAGAGGUGUUCCCUGUUAGAGGAGUGCUGGCAUCGGUGUCCUGGGUUCCUGCCUCUGUCCCUGGUGGUGGGAGCGGGUCCGGCAUCUCCAUGUGGAAGUGGAUGCCUUCCUCGCUCAUGUGGGCUCCUGAAACCAGGGGUGGGGGCGAGGGGAAGCAGGACUGGCAGUGGUGGAUGGCUGCUCCGCGCCCUUCGAGUUUCUGCAUCCCGUCCUCCUGGCACAGAGGACCAUCCACCAAGGACACCUCAGAGGUGCUGGGCUCCAAAACAGAUAGACAGUGGGUGUUUCUUGGCUUUGUAGUGUUUCCUCUGCAAGGAGGAAUGACGGGUGGCUGACUGCCCAGUGUCUUGUGCCUCCCUCCCUGUUCCUUGGCGGACUUCUCCCGCAACCCUACUCUCCAGUGCCUCCUUUCCAGGAACAAGACGUUGCGGUAGGACUUGGGGUUUUCUUUCCAACCUGCUACCGGAACCUGCGAACUCUGGGGCUGUGUGUGGAGGUCCCAUGUCCCAGCCUUGUCACAGCCAUCAGGCUCCUUCUAGGCAUCUGCUUCCUUGUGAUGUGCCAGAGACUGGCUGCGGAGCUGAGUCCCCCACGUUUUCAUUGUUUUGGUUUUUGUUUGUCAUGGGGGACAGAUGCAGAAGAGGAUGAAAAAAGGAAAAAUCUAUCCUGAGUAGGUAGUUUAUAGCAGGUGGAUCUGAGAUCUGCUUGCAGCUUGGCUGCAGAAGAGUUGUCUCCCCCCCCAUUGUCCUUCUGGCAGCAUCUGAGUUUUACCCUCUCCUGCCAUGUGGAACUGGAGCUGUGCAUCUUGAUGAACUGAUGUUUAAAAAAAACCUAGUAGUAAUGUGAUCAAAUACUCCCCUGGUGCCUGGAAUGGGAAAUGAGCAAUUAAACGAGGCUUUUUAUUGUAA